AUGCCCGUUCAGCUUCCCAGAGCAUCUCCUGCCGACUUUGUCAUGACCCGGCCCUGGUCCCACACGGCCAGACUUCACCCUCACAUUUCCGAAGGUUGCAGUGGAAGUAGCAGAACGUCUUCAGCGAUUGCAGUAACUUCGUGGUCGCCGAUCCUGUCGUCGUCAUCAUCAUCGCCGUCGCUGAGCAGGUCAAGAAAAUUGUCUGCGCAUUCGUCGCAGUCUCGGUUGGAGGUUAGCGAAACCCGCGUCGGAAAGCUGUUGGACAGCCGUUUGUGGCUUCGACUAUUUCUACUGGUUCUACUCUACCAGCCGGUGGUCAGUAAACCGUGGCCCAGUUUACCGCCUGGCGUCAGUCGGCCUUGGUCUAACAUGCAGCCAGGUUUCGUUGUGUUCAGAUCCCGAAUCUGUCAGUCAGUGACCAGGUCAAAUCUCCAGAAGAUGAUAUCCCCGUAUUUCGACAAGAAUAGAAUGGCUACCGACUUGGCCACGGGGAAGCGAACUUACGGUCCAACAUAUGGAGAGGUGAGUAAUCCUGGAUAUCAAGCAGAUGAGCCAAUUCUCGGCCUCGCCGUACAAAGCGCGGACCUGGUUGAGGGCGACAGAGAGUGGAGCUCCAAUGACGACCUCUGGGUUGAUGAAAGAGAAGACGUACUGGAAAAUACAGAAAAUAGAAUGAUAGAAGAAAUAGAUGAAAGUGACGUUUUCGAUAGACGAACAUGGAUUCCCAGAAGGAAAGUUUUAAAUAGACGUGUACCCAAUAAAUCCUCUAACGUUUCGAAUCUAUGGGGUUACCUCAGAAACAAGAAUGACCUUUCUAACGGCCAGAGUUACACGACUUCUUCAUCAGAUCCUUACGCCUACAUGAAGCGUAGAAGGCGACGCUCGCUCGACCUCGCAGAAGCCUCUUCUCAAUCAGCAUAUCCGGACAGUGAUAUUCCAAGCCUCGACGAAGACGUUGAUGAAAAUAUCAACUUCGACGAAUACGACUUUGGCGAGGAAAAUUCUGAAACUGACAAGAAAUCUGUAGAUAAUAUUCAGCUGCGACUGUUCUUGAGAGGAAAAGAUAAGAAAACGAGAAAGUUAUUAAAGAAAAAGUUAAGACAAAAAGCCAAAAACUUAAUAAAACCGCCACCGUGGGAAUGUAAGUUUACCCAGGUUAAUAAGCACAUGAGAACGGGAAUUUUUCCAGACACUGUGCUGGACGGCAGGUGCGAAACAGACAAAUGUUUCUAUCGCUUGUACAACUGUGAACCCAUUAAAUAUGUCAUGAAGAUGCUUCAGCGAGACCCCGACCAAUGCAAUCCUUUGCCUAGCUUGAGUAACGAAACCACUUACGAGGAACGAUGGAACCUCAUUCAGUACCAUGUUACUGUGGGCUGUAAAUGCACCAGCCCGACCACUAAAAACAGUAAGCCUAAGAAUCGAAGGAGGGACUAA